GUAUAUCAUCAGUUUUCAAUUAGGUAUUUAGAAGGAGUAAUUCUCAGGCACGAUGUCAACCAUGAAAGGCUCGGUUUUUAACAAAUAAAUUCUGAAAUUUACUGAAUCUAUUAAAUUUUUUAAAUCCAAAACUGUCUUACUAAAAUAAAUUAGUAUCUGUAUUACUAGCAUAGGUUUAUGGAAUGAAACUCAUAAUUUCCUGUAGUCAGCUGAUAUUUGUUAGUUCCAAUCGCUGUCGCUUGAUGUCAGCACUGUGUCACGUGAAUUGUGAUGUUCUAGUUUUAGAAAUAAAUACUUUUCUCGUAAUUUAAACACUUAAUUUUGCCUUACUCAAUAAGGGACUUAACCCUAAAAUCGUAUUCGAAGAAUGUCUGAAUACUGGCUUAUUUCGGCACCAGGUGAAAAGACUUGCCAGCAAACAUGGGAAACGUUAAACAACGUGACAAACAAGCAGAACAAUUUGUCUGAAAAUUACAAGUUCCAUAUACCAGACUUGAAGGUGGGCACGCUGGACCAGCUGGUGGGGCUCUCGGACGACCUGGGCAAGCUGGACGGCUUCGUGGAGCAGGUGACGAGGAAGGUGGCGGCGUACCUGGGCGAGGUGCUGGAGGACCACCGCGACAAGCUGCACGAGAACCUGCUGGCCAACAACAGCGACCUGCCCACGUACAUCACGAGAUUCCAGUGGGACCUGGCCAAGUACCCCAUCAAGCAGUCCCUGCGCAACAUCGCGGACAUCAUCAGCAAGCAGGUGGGGCAGAUCGACGCCGACCUCAAGACCAAGAGCUCGGCGUACAACAGCCUGAAGGGCAACCUGCAGAACCUGGAGAAGAAGCAGACGGGGAGCCUCCUGACGCGCAAUCUCGCGGACCUGGUGAAGAAGGAGCACUUCAUCCUGGACUCGGAGUAUCUCACCACGCUGCUCGUCAUCGUGCCCAAGGCCAGCGUCCACGACUGGAACACCAACUACGAGAAGCUGACGGACAUGAUAGUGCCGCGGUCCAGCGUGCUCGUCACCCAGGACUCGGACUACGCCCUCUUCACCGUCACGCUCUUCAAGAAGGUGGUGGAGGAGUUCAAGCUCCACGCUCGUGAGAAGAAGUUUGUUGUGCGUGACUUCACGUACAACGAGGAGGAGAUGGCGGCGGGCAAGAACGAGAUAACGAAGCUGGUGACGGACAAGAAGAAGCAGUUUGGCCCGCUGGUGCGCUGGCUCAAGGUCAACUUCAGCGAGUCCUUCUGCGCCUGGAUCCACGUGAAGGCCCUCCGCGUGUUCGUCGAGUCCGUCCUCAGGUACGGGCUGCCCGUCAACUUCCAGGCGGUCCUGCUCCACCCGCACAAGAAGAGCACCAAGCGGCUCAGGGACGUGCUGAACCAGCUCUACGGGCACCUGGACAGCAGCGCGCUGCAGAACUCCGGGGCGCAGGACAGUGUGGACAUCCCCGGCCUGGGGUUCGGCCAGUCCGAGUACUACCCGUACGUGUACUACAAGAUCAACGUCGACAUGAUCGACACCAAGGUGUAGUGGCCUGUGGCCCGCUUGCCGCCUCAUAGUAUUUCUGUCGCUCGUUAUAUACAGUGUCUGUGUUGUCACCACCGAGCCACGCGCUCUCAUCUCGCUCGUCUGGCGGCGGUAGGGGCUCGCUCCGUACUUAAUCGCUUUCUUCGUGAACGUGGGACUUGCAACAUCUUGAUCCGCAGUGUCUGUGACUUUUGCACACGAGCGCGAGGAGAGGAUUUUAUGUGGAAAUUCGAAAUUGCAUUUUAGACCGUGUAUGGUCUACACGAUUAUACUCGGAUACCUAAAGCCAGCCCUGCUGCCCCUUUCUGGUACAACCAAGAUUUCCAUUUCAUGGCAUCGUAGUACGUUUAUUAGCAGACUUGGUGAAAGUACAUUAAAAAGUGACUCUUGUAUAAAGUUGUAGAUAUUUGUUUUCAGUCAUUUUUUUGUGGAAAAAGUUUUUAAUGUGGCAAAUUGGGAAAGUGAAUGAAUUUUACAGUGUUUUAAUAUGAACAAAAAUGUUCGGUGUUGUAGUUACCUUAUGUCUUUUUAGAUUAUUUACUUGUGGGAGUAUUUGAGCAAUAUGCAUUUUAUCAUGGUCGUGUUUGAUGGAAUUUACACAAUUUAUAUUUCUUGCUUAGUUUUCAGUGUUUGUUAUAUUCAAGUUUAUAAUUGAGAGUUUUUUUUAACAACAAAAGAUACUACUUCAAAAUUAUCAGUUCAUCACUCAAGGAAGCCAUAUUUAUUACCUUUAAGCAUUUCGUUGAUGACCCUAGUGAUCAGUAUUUGAAGAGUUCCCACCCUCUCCCAAUUUAGCUGCAUUUGUAGAAUACCUGUACAAAUUGUUUGUAAUUCAUGUACAUAAAGUGUCUACACCCUGCCUCUAUGAUAUUGUUAAUCUCUUGGAACGCCCCAGACCAUAUGUCAGGACUUUUGGUCUGUGUAAAAGCAUUUUUGAAAUGUUGGUUGCGAUGUUAAUCUUGUCAUUAACUUAUCUUGUGUUUUGUGAAUUUUAACCAAGCUGUAGUGGGUCGGGUAAUGUCUGUGCUAGACGACCAGGCUACGAGAUGGUGUGUUAAUAGGUUGUCGUCGGCAGCUUGUCCUGUGAACGUGUAAACUUUACAUUCCGAAAUGUUACCUUGUUCUAAAGUUGAAAGUAAUAAAUUACUUUUGUGGGGUGCCAAA